AUGUACGUGAGGGCAGCCACCAGAAAACAGUUUACCAACUCGAUAUUUUCCACCACUUUUGUGGUUGCUUUUGGGCUAGUUUUGAGUAACUCGCUGCUGCCAUGUCCAGUUGAUCAUUCGAUGAACAACGACUCGCCGGCCUUUAUUAAGGUGGAAAACAACAAGGAUUUGGAAAAGCCGGAAAAAGUGCAAUAA